UAGGCACAAGUGAAUCUUUACAAAAUGGACAAAUACGAUGACCUGGGUCUGGAGGCAAGUAAAUUUAUAGAAGAUCUCAAUAUGUAUGAAGCCUCCAAAGAUGGGCUCUUUCGAGUAGACAAAGCGGUUGGGAACAACCCAGAGUUUGAAGAAACAAGGAGGGUUUUUGCUACAAAAAUGGCCAAAAUUCACCUUCAGAAACAGCGAGAACAAGAGGAAUCCAUGAACUCAGCCUCGGGGGCUCCAAAUGGUGGGGCUGGUUUUGGCAUUCAGCAUCUGAUCCCAGGCCAUCCUGUGGCUAGAAGCACUGCAGGAACAAAUAAACUGCAUUCAGGAGAAAAUAUAGCAAAGCCCCCUCUGGCUACCCCGUCAACAGUGUGUGCAGGCCAUCAACUUGCCUUCCCAAACCAACCCCAAGCGCAUGCAGAUGGAGAGCGAGCAAAGUUAUACCAAGAUGACAAGAGGUCCAGCGAUGAUUACGGAUACAGUGAAAAUCUUGGGGGUUCAGACAUUUCUGGAGGACAUAGUUAUCAGAGAGCAGGUCAACUGAAGAACCCAUGUAAUCCUAAGACAUCUUUUUGUUCUCUUUCUCACGAGGAGCCCAGUAACAGUGAUAACCGGGCAAGCCUUCAAAGUUGGGGAAGAGAUGCUGGCAAGUUUUCCAGCCUGAAACCCAACAUGGGCCCCCAUUUAUGGUCCAACGUUAAUCACGACGAGUCGUUGCAGAGAAGUCCUACGAAACCUCAGGCAGAUCUCCAUUCAUACCAGCAGCCACGAAACUCCUACAGGUCUUCAGAAAGCGGGUAUGGAAGUCAGGAAAGCAGUGGUGAAGGCCCGGGGCUUAGCCAAAGCUAUGAGCCGAUUCCAGGUUGCCCGAGAUCAUCGUCCUUCUCUAAGGCCUGUUCCCCGUUAACCUCUUCCACUGGGUUUGGUGAUGAGUUGCCUGCGGAAUAUUCGCAGCAGAGGUCUCCAUCGUUCUCUGCACGCCCUUCCAAUCGACCUGAUGAUUUUAACCCAAACUGUGGCAUGGAAUUGUGGGCUUCUGGUACUCCAAACAAAAGCAAUGGCAAUAUUCAGUCGAGACAUAGUGACAGUACUCAGCCUUCAGUUUCCGGCCUCCUUCCUGCUUCCCUACCUCCAAGUGUAGAUUAUCAGCAAACUAACACUCACCCGAAACCGACAGGUCAUUUUGUAGUCCACGGUCAAAAUCACAGGCUCAAUUGUGCUGGGUCUGGCAUGAGUCCCGAGCAGAAUUCCGUCUGCUCAACAUCUCAUGGGCCAAUGAUUUCUGAUGUUCCGAAAUCUCCUUUUAAAGAGGGCACCGCCACUCUGCGGCAUGACUCUGGUCACCAAGAAACCACCGCUUCUGCAAAAAUAAAGCUACCCUGCCAGACACUCCUUCCUCAGCAGGAACAGGGACCAUCCACAGCUGAAUUAAAAUUAGAAGCUCUUACCCAGCGCCUGGAGCAGGAGAUGGAUGUCUGUCCAAAGGCUGACUACUUUGGAACCUGCGUGAAGUGCAACAAAGGUGUAUAUGGUGCAAACCAAGCUUGCCAGGCAAUGGGGAAUCUCUACCACGACGGAUGCUUUACCUGUGGGGCAUGUAGUCGAAAGCUGAGAGGAAAAGCCUUUUAUUUUGUUAAUGGGAAAGUGUUUUGUGAAGAAGACUUCCUGUAUUCAGGCUUCCAGCAGUCAGCUGACAGAUGUUUCAUUUGUGGCCAUUUGAUCAUGGACAUGAUUUUGCAAGCUCUGGGGAAGUCGUACCAUCCUGGCUGCUUUCGUUGUGUGAUCUGCAAUGAAUGUCUGGAUGGAGUGCCGUUCACGGUAGACAGUGAGAACAAAAUCUACUGUGUCCGAGAUUACCACAAGGUUUUGGCGCCAAAAUGUGCAGCCUGUGGUCUUCCUAUUCUGCCAAGUGAGGGUUCCGAUGAGACUAUACGUGUUGUGUCAAUGCACAAGGAUUACCAUGUGGAAUGUUACUGCUGUGAGGACUGCGGCAUGGAACUCAACGACGAAGACGGACAUCGGUGUUACCCCCUAGAUGACCACCUGCUCUGCCAUUCCUGCCACCUUAAACAUAUAGAGAAAGGCACAACAACUCAUGCAGAUGCCUACCUACAUCAUUUCUAGCCAGUUCUGCCAAACUUCCCAGAAGCCUGCCAAGGGAAGGGUUAUCGCAGCUAUUGUUUUUGAGGUGCGUAUCUACCUCAGCUGGCGAUUUGCAGUGAGAAGAUGAAGGAAGAGGAUCUCUUUUUUUUUCCUUCUUUCUUUUUGGCCUUGUGCAUUGUGUGUGUGGCAAUUGCACAAAACAAAGGAUUUGUUUUCGUUUCGGACAAAAACUUACAGUAUUAGCUGGAGUGAUUUGUGGCUCCUUGUGUGCGUCCCCCCCCCCUUUUUUUUUUUUUUGCUGGGAGAAAGUGGUGAGAUAGACUGUUUUCUUCUCGAGUCAUUUGAGAGGAAUCUUUAGCAAGUAAAAUCACAACAAAUAGCCUUUAAAGGACACAAGAAAGUGCCACAAAUAAGUGACAAUACACCUGCAUGUCUCAUCUUGUGGCUUCUUGUUCUGACAGUCCCUCUAUAUGCCAAUCAGGGAAACACAAUGUCCAGCCCGCCAGCAAGUCUACAUACUGAGCAGACUCUUGUGAUCUUUUUAAUUUGUGGUGACUGAGACAUAAUCACCCGCCUUUCCUUACAUUGGUGGAAGUUAUCCUGUUGUCCUAUCCUGUUGCGUGCGGGUUGGAGGGGCUGAUCCGCCCUCACCAUUCGUUUUAGAAACCCACCUCUACUUUCUACCUGUUCCCACAGCUCAGCCACCAGCAAGUGUUGUUGUGGAGUAGGGACAAAACAUUGCCGCUUAACUUCACAACAGGGAUGGUGGUGAUAUCAUCUCCCGGGUUGCUGCUAUUCGCUAAUCCUUCGCAUGUCAGAUAAAUAAGCUUUUCUGUGAGAAAAAACCCGCUGAACAAGGCAAGCCGAAGAAGAGGCAGAUAACUUCAGCAUGCAAAGUGAAGGGUAAAACUGCCACUCCUGUUUUGAAAAACCCCAUAGCUCUGUUGUUGUGGCCAACUAAAAUGUCACAAAAUAGGGAGCCAAAAGUUCACUCUUCCAUCAGGCUGGAUAGUAAACAAGGUAGCAGGGGAUGUGAAAAAUGCUGGCUUGGUAUUGAAGCAAUAAUGUCUGCAUUGGUCAAAUACUAGUUUUUGUUCUAUCGCCUUAGAAGAGGUUGGCUGCGGAGGCUGUCACGAAGAGGGCCUGCACUUCAGAGUUUACUACGCCACUGGCAUUGCUGUGAAAUAAAUAGUCACAGUGACUCAAGAGCACAAAUUUAAGGUUAGCGCAGCUCGCUGCUCUUUAAUAGCCUCACUUAUUUUGAGCACUUGGAACAAUUUGAGUCUGGGUAGAGCUUUAGGGUCUGUUCUACCGGCCACUGCCUGAUUGGGCUGCCAAAUAAUCAGAUUAUUUUCAAGAGUAGGAUCUUCUAUACUGUUUAGGAAUAACACCUGUUUUUGACUUAGAACUCCUGUGCCUUAAAUCUUAACUUUUACAAUUAAAGUAUGUGUUUAAUACAUUUGACAUGGGCUGUGGAAUGUGUGUGUGUGUGUUUGUAUACUUUAGUUACUAAUUUUGGGGAUAAACUGAAGCGGAUGUUAAUUUAACUAAUGUUAAUUUUAAAAUGUUUGCCCCAGAAGCCCAAGGAGUUGAUCACCCCAAUGCAACCCAAGCUUACCGAGUGCCAAUAAACUAAUUCUGCAUCAGCGCUUUGAUGUGUGCUCAACUUUUGAAA